CAAGACGCCGCCACACUAAUUAUUGUGAGCCUCCUAUCCAUCUCACUCCCACUUCUCCUUCCUUCUGGUUCAUCACCAGAAAUUCACAUUCGUCCUUGUUCUUGCACUGUCCUAGAGCUGGAUGGCAGCUCCAUGCCAAUCCCCGCAAGGAGGGAAUGAGCUGAUGGCAUACGAUGCAUGUUAUCCUACGGUGAGCGGAGGCCCGGCUCUGCUGCCCCGGCAGGCCAGCUCGGCGCCACCGGCUGGGCCGCCGGAGCUGUCGACGACGUCCUCGUCGACGACGGGGUCGGGAAGGACCGCGACGGAGGCAAGGGCCCUGAAGGUCCACAGCGAGGCCGAGCGCCGGCGUCGGGUGAGGAUCAACGCUCAUCUCACGGCGCUCAGGAGGAUGAUCCCUGAUACCAAGCAGAUGGACAAGGCCGCCUUGCUAGCCAGGGUGGUGGACCAAGUGAAGCACCUGAAGAGGAGAGCAGGCGAGGCCGCACAGCAAACGCCGGCUGUCCCACCGGAGACCGACGAGGUCUCCAUUGAAUUCUGCGCCGGAGACAAUGACUCCAGACUGUACAUGAAAGCCUCGGUCAGCUGCGACGACCGCCCGGACCUCGUCGCCGGGCUCAUCCAGGCGCUCCAUGGCCUCAGGCUGAGGACGGUGAGAGCGGAGGUGACCUCCCUAGGAGGAAGGGUGCAGCAUGUCUUCACACUGUGCAAGGAGGAGGACGAGGAAGGCAGCGCAGCAGCAGGCCUUGCUGGACUCACGUCUCUGAAGGAGGCUGCGAGGUUGGCUCUGGCCAGGGUUGCUUCACCAGAGCUGGUAUGUGGUGGUACUGGUAGCCCGUUCCAGUUCCAGAGCAAGAGGCAGAGGAUUCUCGAGUCGCAUUAUUCAAUCAUGUCCAUAUAGAUGAGUACUUCUGGAGUAAGUAUAUUUUUGUGUCAGAUUUGAGGUUGGAACUGCUGUUAGUGCUGUAAGAUAAGAAAGAUAGAUGCAGUCACUCCAGGAUAGUAGAUAUCAUGGCAACAGGGUUUACACUGUGUGCCUGAUGCAGCAUGGCUGCCGACAUUCAGAUUGCAGAAAUCCUAGAUGGGGACGCAGGGUCACAUGAUUAGUUUGACGAUUCAGCAGUGGCGUGGAUAGGCUGGUACUCUAUGCAACACCUCCUCAUUGGUGGUUCUCAUGUUAAGAUAUGACUAUAUGAGACACACCUAGAAAGAAUUACUUUGUCUUUUUUACUUUUGUUAUGUUAGGUGUAUCACCAAGUUUUCCUGCUCGCCCGGUGCAGCAGCGCACAAGCGUGGCGUUCAGACAUCUUCGGCGUUUUCAAAUGAAAAUAAAACUUAUGAGUUUUCAAGGUUUUUGCACCCAUGCAAGUUUUCAAACUAAAUAUAGCAUCUUAGCACCUUCAGAAGAAGAAAAUAACUUUGUACUCUAGAGAACAGUAAAACUUUCGUUUUGCACAAAAUUUUCCCAUGAAAAGUUAAGAGCACAAAACAGACUAUUGAAACUGAGGGAGUACGUUUGUUCCCUUAAUACAAAGUUGGGUCAUCUAUUUUGGAACGGAGGGAGGGAGUACGUUUGUUCUAUCUGUAAUAUUUUGACAUUCAUAAAUUGUGGGCACUCUUUAAUUAUUCCCCUA